AUGGUCCAAAAGAUCCACCGCGUAGCCCACGUGUGGCCGUUCUCAGCCUCGCACAUACCCCUUCUCAUAUCCAGCUCCUCCGAUGCCACUAAUCCCCUCAUCCCUCCUCCGAAGCCCCCCCUGCCCUCCCGCCCUGCGCGCCUCUUGCACCAUUUCCCCUUCGCCCCCGCCCUCCUCCCUCUUGAAACGCCUCCCACCCUCCCGCCCAGCGCUCACCCCAACCUGCACCCCAAUCUGCACACCAUGGCCUUCGUCGACUGCGCCCCCGUCCUCGCACGCGGCCAAUUCGCGGGCUCCGCCGUGUCCCCGCUGGCCCCGACCGCGCGCCUGACGCAGGCCGCGCGCCCGUCAAGGAAUGCCGUGCGCAUGGCCGCCGCGGGCGCCGACGAGAUGGUCCCGGACAUGGCCAAGCGUAACACCAUGAACCUUCUGCUCUUCGGCUCCACCUCGGCCGUGGCGCUCGGCAUCCUCGGCCCCUUUGCCUUCUUCUUCGUGCCCCAGUCGAGCGGCGGCGGCGACGGAGGUGUCAUCGCAAAGGACGCUCUCGGCACCAACAUCCAGAAGAAGGCUUACCUCGACUCGCACAAUGGAGGUUCGCGCGAACUCGUCCAGGGCCUUCGCGGAGAUGCCACCUAUCUCAUCGUCACGGAGGAUAAGUCCGAUAUUGAGUAUUAUGCCCUCAACGCUGUGUGCACGCAUCUGGGUUGCGUCGUCCCGUGGAACAAGGCCGAGAAUAAGUUCAUGUGCCCUUGCCAUGGCUCCCAGUACGCGCCCACGGGCGCUGUCGUUCGCGGGCCCGCCCCGUUGCCGCUGGCCUUGGAACGUGUCGAAGAGGACGAAGCCGGCAAUGUCGUCCUCAAGAGCUGGAAAGAGGAGGACUUCCGUACUGGCGGCGAACCGUGGUGGAAGUUCUAAGUCGUCUCGCCUAACACUGCGUCUUUGAAAGCUCUAAUAGUACUUCGCUACGUCACAUCUCUUCUUUCGUACAUUCAAUUCUUGUCUCGGGUUUUUAUUUUGAACAAACGGCCACGGCCCUCAUAAACAACAGAGAAUCGAAAGCUAAA